AGUUUCCUAUAUGAAUCAGUCGUUUGUAAUUGUAUGUCCUGGUCGAAUGUCGACUGCACGUCUACAAAGUGUGCAUAACAGCCCAUCUUCCUCAUUCUGCAUGAUAAGACCUCCAUGUUUAAAAAGGGCCAUCAGUGUCUGUGCCCCUCCUCCCAACUCGGGGGUGGGUCCACAGUUCCGGCAAGACUUCCCACCACGCUGUGCCUGGUUAUGUAACACGUGCUACAAUUAGUAGAGCAGUAGAGCUAGUAGAACUUCAUCUUCGUCGUCGCCAUCCGUGACGUGAGGAACAUCCAGCCUUGUCCCACCAAAGCUAAUGGUAUCCACUGCUCCAAACAACUUCUCCUGGGUGGACCCGGGAAAAGUGGCCGGACUGGCUGUGCCCCGGAUGACGGCAGAGUACCAGUACCUGUUGGACAAUGGCAUCAAGCAUCUGGUGUGCCUGUGUGAGCGCAAGCCCAACAAUUACGACACGUGUCCACGGUUGCAGCUGCACCACAUCAAGAUGGCAGACUUCACUGCGCCUUCGCCCAGUCAGAUCGACAGGUUCCUCGCCAUCGUGGAGGAGGCCAACGGCAACGGAGAAGGCGUGGCCGUCCACUGCAUGCACGGCCACGGCAGAACGGGGACCAUGCUGGCCUGCUACCUGGUCAAGACGAGGAAGAUGUCCGGCAUCGACGCCAUCAACGAGAUCCGCAGACUCCGCAAGGGCUCCAUAGAAACCCACGACCAAGAAAAGGCGGUGGUGCAGUUUUAUCAACGUGUGAAAUAGCUUUGUGCCUGUCAGCUGAUGUUUACGUUAGGUGGGGGUGUCCCAACCUUUCCCAGCAAGGGCCACAUAGUCGAACAAUGAAAGCAUGCAACUUUGCCAUGUUGAUAUUUUAGGGUAAGGGUAAGAUAUGCUCACACUUUCACCUCUGCUUUGUCACCUAGCUGAAACAUUAUUAUUAUUAUUAUUAUUAUUAUUAUUAUUACUACGACUACUAUUGACUUCACAUUGCUCUUUUUUCCCCAUCUUGCUGGUUCUGUAAAUGACAAAUAAUUUCUUCAAUAAUUUUUGCCAUUUUCUUGUCCUAAUAUUAUCACUUUUUUUGUGUUGUUUUUCAUAAUAUCACAGCUUUAAAAAAAAUAACAUUUUUCUUUAAAGAAAAUUUGCAGUGAUCAUUUCACUGAUGACUGCUGUAAAGGAAGGCCUUUGGAUGCUAGGAUGCUAUUCCUGACGCUAUGCUACACAGGAAGGGACAAAACCAAGCACAUUAAAGUUGCACACGAGAGGAGGUCAUAUUUCCACAUUGGAUUGUAAACGCCGCCAUAGUGAGGAUAAGCAGCAUAGAAAAUGGAUGGAUGUUGACGGUGGCGGCAGCGGCAAAUAGACACUAAAACAGGCCCUUUACGCUCAUUCCAAAGUGUCAUUGAAGGAUAAGCUCUUUUACACUUACCAUUCCCUUCAUCUCCAUGUCUCGUCCUCGUCAGACACGCUCGUUUCAUCACCGGUCAUGUGAUGACAGCUGCCGGAAACGCCCUUUUUCUAUACAUGUCAUUUUUACCAAUUUACGUUGGCUUUCAAAAAACCCACAAUGUAGAACAUAAUUCCAUGCUUGCGUGCCUCGUGGGCGUGGCUGUGCUUUGCUGCGUGCGGGGCCUGGUUGGUUCUCUUGUGGCCGCUGUGGUGUGGCGUGUGGGCGGCCGUGGUGGCGUGGUUCCUGCUGUUCUGGUGAUGGCCGGGGCUGCCUUUAUUCUCCUAAAGUCAUUAGAAUGACUUUUCCUACUCCUAUUAUUAGACUUUAUUCUCCUAAAAUGACAGCUGUUUUUUUCAAUGUUUGCUUUGCAUUUUUCCAAAUAUUUUCUGACAGUUCUUUUCGUAAUACAGUUUGAUCAAUGCUCACUCCCUCGCUAGAAAUGAAUGAAUGAAUGAAGGCUGCUUGGUGGUACAUUACGGUCUAUCAUUUGUCCAAACAUGGAAACACAAGUGAUCACCACGGGGCAGCAAUGUCACAAAACAUUGAUGAGCCAUUAGCUUACAAGACAUUAGCUUAACAUUGCAUGAAGUCAUGGCAUGGCAUGUCCCACAUAAGAGUGGAAAAAAGGUCCUCCUCCCACUCCGUGUGGAAGUGGUACGUUUUGGGCUGCUUAAGUUCAGAAGAAAUACAUUGUUAGAUUUCCAUACAUUUCUAUAUUAUUUGGCCUUUAUCCUCAUAACAUUUUAUUUUUCCGCAACCUAGUGUUCCAAAAAUGAGAACUAUUUGUUGUUUUGUUUCUCAUAAUAUUACGACUUAAAAAACCCAAACAUGUUUUUUACUAUGUCAUGUUUUUUCUUUAAUAUUAGUUUUCGUGUUAAACGCUACUUCGACUGUGGCGGGCCACUAAAAAGAACAGGCCAGGCCACACUUUGGACACCCCAGUAGUGAGCGAUGCUAAAGUCAAUCGCUCGCUACUUGAGUCUGUGGCAUCAGCAUAAUGGCAUGCGUAGUUUUACUGCGUAUUGCCAAACUGUACACGUCAUUGGGACACCCAAAGCUUCCAGCACGGUUUAUGUGCUUGAUGGCGGAGAAAAGAGACGCUGGCACUCCUUGAAUGUGAGCUUCUCUGGAGCCGUGUUGUCGUGCAGGUGGCUGUGGAUCAACACAAUACUUGACUUUUACCACCGGGACACAAACAAUAACCUCACUUCAUCUUCCUAUGUCAGGAACUCAGCACUCACUUUUGAAACAGCGGGGUGCCGUGAAGGCAUUCGCCUGGUCUGGGAUCUGCCAAAGAGUGAUAAGACAAAGGAUAACCAACUGCGCUUUCUCAUGUGUAUGAAUGACUCUUUGCCACACAGCUUUGUCAUGGAUCACCUUUUGUCUCAUCCUUUGGGACGGGAAGGCUUUUAGUCUUCUCUUUGAAAUUGCUGUCUGGGUUUCCUGGAGCGGUUCUCUCAUUCUAGAGGAAGACGUCACAUAUUAUUAUUAUCAUGCAUGCACUUCAUUAUGUCUCCCAAGCUGCAGUGCGCCAAAGAAAAGGAAAGCCAUGGCUACGGACAUGAAAAUGAGCAUCAUAAAAAGCUCCUCGUUAAGGAUAAAGAUGAUUGAAUGCUCGAGGGGUCAUGGAUUCUGUGCACUGCUACAAGGAGAUCUGUUUUUUCUGUAGUUUGUCAGAAUGAUGACUUUAGAAAAUAAAAAUGGCAAAUAAUAGUUUUUUUUCCAGUUGGAUCACUUCUUUCUCGUAAUAUUAUGACUUUAUUGUUCUAUAAAUGUUUCAGCUUUGUUAGUAAAAGUGAGAUGUUGGAUGUUCCCACUUAAUGAUCUCCGUAAGGUGACAGCUUUUCUUUCUCGUAGUGUAAAUUUAUUCUCCUCAUAGAACUUCAUUCUUUGUUUUAUCUUUUGCUUCUCAUAAUAUGAUGACUUAUUUUUUCUGAAAUAUUUCAACCAUUUGCCUCUAAGAAUGAUCCCCACCACCUCCCCCAUAAGAUGACAAACGUUUUUUUGAUAAUAUGACUUCAUUCUCCCUACCCGGGACGCGACCUCGUUUCCUAAAAUGUGCAACUUAAUUCCUUGUUGUGUUUUGUCUCAUAAUAUUGUGACUUCAGAAAAUAUAUUUUUUUUAAAUAUUUCAACUUUCUGCUUCUAAAAAUGACAUGUUUUUCUUCCUUAUUCUCGUGAACAUCUGUCCUUGUUUCCCGAAGAUGACCAUUUUUUGUAAUAUGGUGACUUUCCUAAUCUUUGGACUUGAUUCUGAUCAAACGACUUGCUGUUUUUUCCAGCUGCUGUUGCUGUUGUUUUCUUGUUGAAUCGUGUUUUUAGAAUGUGCCAUCAGCCCGGAGUCUGCUGCACUUUGGACCCCCUUGGUAUGCGGUGGGACUGACUUAGACUACUAAAACUGGACUCGGGUCACAAUCUAGGGGCGGAGCGUGUUUGUAAGCACGGGUAUAAAAGCUGCUGCAGCCACCAAGAGCAGCACUUACGAGUAAAAUGUCAAAGUAGCUAGCCAGUAGCAAAUGAAGUAUUUUUGGCAGAAUAAGAAGGACAAACGGACGCGUCUUGUAGUCCCAUUGCUUACCUGAGCUCUGGUGCCCAGCUGCUGUUUCAUCACCAUCACGUCCGCGUCCUCAUCGUCAUCUCCUUGUUGCCGCCUCAUCUGAAACCGCCAUUCCAGGCUGAGUUUGUGCAGUCGUUGGGCCUCCUCGGCGCUGCGCUCGGCUUUAUCCUCCAGCUUCCUCGCCUCCUGCUCCAGGAGCUCCAAAUCUUGUGGCCUUGGUUUUUCCUCCAGCUUCUCCUGGGCCUCCGUAUGCUCCUGCAGGUCUUUUGGCCUGGUCGGACCGGUGCCCUGCUUGUGUUGGGUCGGAGGUUCUUGGAAGGAAACCUGCUUGGUGGGAGUGAUGCUCACUUGGUGUUUUGCUGGCAGAGGUAGCUUCUUGGCAGCAGGGAUGGGGCAUCCGUAGUUGUGUCGGAGGAUUUCACUCAGCCUCGGUGCCACCACAGAGGAACUCUGCUGGAAGGUGGUGAGCGGAGGAUUGGCCUGGAUGGCGAGUGCCCUGGUGACAGGGAUGUCUACGCGUACGGGCUGGAUGGAAGGCGUUGGUGUGGCUUGUUGUGAGAACGGAGUUCUCCAGACUCGGGUGCAAGUGCCCUGCUGUACCUUGGAUUUGUCAGAGGAGAUGUCUUGGGAGGAGAAGCUGGGCCGAAUUGGCAGCUGUGAGUAUGUUGUGCUUUGCUGGGCACCCUGGCUCUGCCGUGGCUUCUGACGUUUGUCCAGCAGGGGGCCUCCUGUGUCCACACACAAGUUCUCCUGCGAGAGAGCUGGACGCUACACAGGGAAGAUUCCACACAUUCUUAUGCUAAUCUUUUACAUUUCAUGAACAAAGCAUCGUCAUUGUUUAGGACUGGUUUUUAACUUCUAAAAAUGUCAUUUAACAAGAAAACUGAAAAAACGGCAGCAAAAGUGGAAACAUCUGCAUUAAUUUUACAAGAAUAAAGUCAAAAUAGGAGGAGAAAAAAGUUGUACUCCUCUAGAAAACGCAUCAUUUUACAAGAAGAACGUCAUAAUUAUCACCAAGAAAAAUAACCUGAUUUAGUAGCGCGCUAUUAUGACAAACAACAACAAAAAAGUUGUAAUUUAUGAAAAAUUAGGUUGCAGAAAAAGUUGCAAUGUUCUGAAAAUAGUGGAAUUAUUAUGAGAAUUAACUGAUAUUAUGGGAGUAAAGUCAUGAGAAUUAACUCAUGGGAAUAAAGUCAUAAUAUUUUGAGAAUUAAUGUCAUGAUCCGUGUGCUGCUCUGCUGCCCCCUUGUGUCCUCUUGUUGCAGCACAUGCGUGAGUCUGCAGGAGGGCUAAUGGGACACACCUGCAGACAAUUCUUAAGCAGCAGCCACAGCCAGUAACAGUGCAGUAACUGAUAAAGUCCUAAUAUUAUGAGAAUGAACUGAUAAUAUGGGAAUAAAGUCCUAAUAUUAUGAGCAAGAUAGCAUCAUUUUUGUAGCAAGGUGAAAUAUAAAAAAGGCGUAAUAGUAUGAGAAACUAAGAAGUGAAGUCGUCAUUUUUGGAAAAUUAGGUUGUGCAAAAUGUUCCGAGAAUAAAGUCAUAACAUUAUGAAAAAAAACGUAUAAAAAUGAUUUAAGAAGAAAGUUGAAAUAUUUGGAAACUACCAAAGUAAAAAAACAACAAAAAUGGGGAAAAAAAGAGCAAAGAAUGAAGUUGAUAGUAAUAAUAUGUUUUUUCCGUUGUGACAAAGCUGAGAUGAAAUACGUACAAGUUGUGAGCACAUCUGGACCAAAUAUGAAGGUGGCAAAGUCAACAAGUGAUAAGAGGUUGCUUUAGUGCCAUGCUAACAGGGUGGCAUGAUGAUUUACCAUGAAGGACCUUUUGUGUCCUCCUAAAGGCCUCAAACACACUUGGAACAUCUGCUGUGGUUGACUGCGUGCAGAUGUGCGCUUGUCCUGCGAUGUGAGGGCCGGGAGCGUGAAAGAGUCUCUGUGAAGCAUCUAAACAUGGACAGGAGACGCCAUUGUUGUCAUUUCAAACCCUUUCAUCCGUGAAGCAUUUUUAGGAGAUGAAAGGAGGAUGUCAGAGGGGUCACAAGAUUUCGCCACAUUAAAACGGAAUCUCUAUUGAUUUAUUUUUAUGAUUAUAGCAGCGGUUUAUUUGGCGUCAAAAUACUUUUUCUUGUUUAACGUCAAUGGUCAGCAUCUCAAAACGCACCUGCAUUGUUUUGUGACUCAGUCAAAUAAAAACGUUUGUCCAGUCACAUGUUUCCAUUGUACUUUUCCUAAAAGCGAUGUUAAAAUCUCAUCUUGUCCCAAGUGGAGGAGUUGAAGUACCUCGGGGUCUUGUUCACGAGGGAGCUAAGGAUGGAACAUGUGAUGGAGACGAGGGUUGGUGCGGCUUCUGCAGUGAUGCUGACUCUGCAUGGGUCCGUUGUGGUGAAGAGGGAGCUGAGCCCAAAGGCAAAGCUCUCAAUUUCCCCCCCAUCUACAUUCCCACCCUCACCUGUGGUCAUGAGCCUUGGGUAGUGACCCCAAGGACAAGAUGGCGGGUACAAGCGGCCCAAAGGAGUUUUCUCCGUAGGGUGGCUUGGCUCUCCCUUAGAGAUAAGGUGAGAAGCUCAUCCAGGAGGAACUCAGAGAAGACACACUGAACCCGAUGAGGUGGCUCGGGCACCUCCCUGGGGAGGUGUUCAGGUCACGUCCGACUGGUAGGAGGCCUUGGGGACGACCCGGGACACGUUGGAGAGACUAUGUCUCUCAACUGGCUGGGGAACGCCUAGGGACCCGCCGGGAGAGAGAAGAAAGUCUGGGCUUCCCUGCUUAGGCUGCUGCCCCCACGACCCCACCUCGGAAAAUUUUAUCGAGUGGUUAGCAUGUUUUAUCCACCUCAAAAUAAUUAUAAUAAUCUCAAUCUCGUGCAUCAUCUGGAGAUUUGAGAGCGCUUGUGACACCCCCUGGUGGAUAUAUGUUGAACAUUCAUACAUCAGUGGAAAGGUCGGAAGCAGAUUUAUUCCCUUGCACAUCUUCAUCACCAUCAUCAUCUUCAUCCUCCGAGGCGUAACCUGGGGGAAUGCAAAGUAAGAAGAGUGCAGUGAAGAGUCAAGUGUGGGGGAGCAUAAUGGACACCACCCACUGGCCACGCUGGGGUAGGAGCGAUACAACUGUUGGUCGUUGUGCAUGAUCCUUCCUCGCCCGCACCGACCCCCCGGAUGCUGCGGUGGACCCUCAGCAUUGCACUGGAGGAGCUCCUUCCAGUUGGCCCUGCAGUGGCUGCUAUCCUCCCCUUGGGGACGAGAAAGUGGUCAUUUGGUGAGAAAGCGCAGAUGUGCGCUUGUUACCUGCGGCGAUGGCAGCGGUCGGACCACAGAGCAGAGCCCGCAGACCGUGGCGGUCGGCGGCAAACUUUGCAACUUUUAAGGAGACAGCGGGGCCCGUUUGCGUCAUGAUGGCUGCUGCCCUGACACCACAGGAAGCAAACAUUAGGAUUGAGGAAAUGUUCCUCUUUGUCAGGCGGCGCUACCUUUCUUGGCUGAGGCCCAGCAGGCUGUGGCUGUCCACGCUGAGCAGCUGAUCCCCCGCCGCUAACCGACCGCUCUGCACCCAACAUGCAAGGUUUGAGGAGCGGCGGACCUCGGCGUGUGAGGUGUGUCACCGUGACAACUCACCAUGGCGGCCGGUCCUCCCUUGACGAUGGACUUGAUGUAAAUCCCAAGGUGGUCCUGUCCCGCCCCCUGAGGCACAAGUGGAGGAGGAUGCUAAUCAGAUCAGACGUUUGGCAGGAGAGCUGCAACAACGACUUGAUGAUUCAUCGAUGAUCCAAUUCAUCCAUCGCUACUCCUUGAGUCAUUUUCGUCUAAACAUGUCCACAUCCUCCCAUUCCAGUCUUUCAGGUGUGAAUAUUGUUGAAUUUCCUCAGUCGUCCAUGAUGAAAACAAGCUAGAUAAGAUGUUUACACAUCAGCUUUGACUUUGGAAACUGUGAUGGAGAUUUUUGUCUCUUUUGUUGCCGACCAAAGCAGUAACGGUUUGUUUGCUUGACAGUGGUUUGGUCUGUCAAGGCAGGCGUCUUCCCGGCGUGGCCACGUGGUGAACAAUGAAAGGAUGCAGUAUUUAGUAAAGCAACAACGUGUACAUGCAGUACUUCAUCUCAGCUUGGUGGAAAACAUCCAGUAUUUCUUCUUCAAGUACCUUCAUACAUUUGUUGGUAAUAUUAUGACUUUAGAAUCAUAAAGUCAUCAUAAUCAAUAAAUCAUUCAUAUUAUGACAACGCUAUUUUUUGUUUUGUUCCUUUUUGGCAUAACAUUACAACUUGAAAUUAAUAACAUAUUUCUUCUGUAUUAUGCUGUUCAUAAUAUUCCAGCUUUAUUCUAAUAAUAUUUCAGCUUUAUUCUCAUAAUAUUCCAGCUUUAUUCGCGUCGGAAGACAACUUUUCUCUUAAUAUUUAGACUUUAUUUUGGUAAAACUACAGCUGCUUUUUCCGUUUCUGCUGGUUUUUGUUGUCGGUGUUAUAAAGUCAUCAUCCUGACUUUAUUCCCAUAAUAGUUGGACUUUCUUGUCAUCAUGUUAGAACUUUUUCUGCAACCUAAUUUUCCAAAAAUGACAACUUCAUUUUGUUUUGUUUGCGUCUCGUAAUACAACAACUUAAAAAAUAGUCUACUAAAAUGAGAUUAUUUUUCCUUAUAAUAUUAUGAGUUUAUUCUCGUAAAAUUGCGGCUUUUUUCUUGUUAGAAUGCAACAUUUUUUAUUCUCGUAAAAUUAGAGCUCUGUUUUCUAUUUAUGCUGGGGGGUUUUUUCAAAUUUUACAACUAUUUCAACUUCCUUCUUGAAAAAGUUGUUCUGGUAUAUUAUGACUUUAUUCCCAUAACAUUCUAACUUUUUCCCAAACCUAGUUUUCCAAAAAUGACAAUAUUACAUCAUUUUUCUUUCCUAUUUCAUCUUUAUGCUCCUAAAAUGAUGUGAUUUUUUUCUCCUGACAUUUCGAGGUAACCGUCAUAAAACGUUUCUACUCUUCAUAUUGCGACUUUAUUCUUGUAUAAUUACUGCUGGUUUUUCUGUUUUUGUUGCUUUUUAGUUUUCUUAUGUUUGCCACAGGCCGCAAAUGGCCCAUCCUUUGGAACCCCCAUGGUCUGGGGCCCAAGCGACUGCCACAAGUUUGAGAUGAAACGUAUGACCUUGGCAGCCACAAUGCUGACGCCCAAGCUGCUGUGUGGAGGCUUCCUCAGGGUGAAGGUCACGCCCUCUGGCUCUCGCUGGCUUUCCUUUUCAUGAGAAAACAGUCAGUCUGGCAGGACUGCUGGAGGCACGUGGCCGUCUGUGUGUUACCAUAGAUGGACUUCCAGCAGGUGCAGGUGUUUGAGUAAAGAAGACGGUCCAGUCAGCGUCAGGGUUGUGCUGGGAGGUGAACCAGCAGAGGCCUACAGGCGGAAGAAGGAGAACCUCACAGGACUUGGCUUGCUUUAUUGUGUCACAUUGUAUUGCCAGUCCAUUACCUCUGUGGCAAAUGGGCUCCAGGAACUCCCUGAAGCCGGGAGGGAUUCCUCUCACACUGCAGCAGGAGUACCCCCCCUCCGGCAGCAGGAAGGGCAGGCGGAGGUGAAGGCUCUCCUCCAGCUCGACGUCUCGUCCUUCCCGCUCGAUCUCUGCAUCCGCAGACGCCUUUGCGGCCGUCACCACGGCAUCGAUCAAAUCCUGCGGCAAGACCGUGACAAUUACGUCAGAGAAUACACGCCCACCUCCACGAACCACCUGUGUGCCCCCCUGAACAGGCAUGACCAAUCAACUUCCAUCAAAUCCAACUCUUACAAUAUUACAACUCAAUGCUACGUCAAGCCAAUCCAAAGCAUUUUUACUCCGUUUAUUCUUGUAAAAUCACAACUUUUUUCACAUCAUAUUUUUACUUUUUUUCCAACUAGUUCAACUUCCUUCUUGUAUUUUUUAUUUCUCGUAAUGAUGACUUUAUUCCCUUCAUAUUUGGACUUUUAUUCUUGUAACAUGAUGACUUUAUUGCCAUCAGUAUUUUUUUCUUGAAUAUUUCAACUCUAUGCAACUAAAAUGUGAUUAUUUUUCCUUAUAAUAUUAUGAGUUUAUUCUCAUGAAAUUGCACUAUUUCAACUUAGUGGUUAGCAUGUUGGCUAGUGCUUAGCACGUUGGC